AUGUCCUACUGGCAGAAGAUUUUGAUUCAUGAGAGUGGAAGUAGAGUUAAUUUUCCAGACGACUGGAUUCAGACUAGUGUCACUAUCGACAUUCCAACAAAAUCAAAGGAGGAUGGGUCUCAGCCUUAUACCAUCCCCGGAUUUCAUUAUCACCCUCUUGUUGAAGUCAUACGUGUGGUGUUCGUGGAUGCACAGGCGGGAGCAUUCCAUCUCUUCCUUUUCCAACGGUUAUGGAAAGAUCCUUUAGAUGACCAUCAAGAACGAAUUUAUGAUGAGCUGUACACUUCAGAUGCCUGGCUGGACGCUCAGGACAGUAUUCAGAGGAUACCAAAAGAACCUGGGCAUUCACUCGAGCGUGUCAUCGCGGGUCUCAUGUUUUUUUCCGACGCUACUCAUUUGGCAAACUUUGGGACUGCGAAGGCCUGGCCGCUCUACCUAUAUUUUGGUAAUCUCACAAAAUAUGCACAAUCAUCACCCUUAUCAGGGGCAUGCCACCUAGUGGGGUUUUUACCCUCACUUCCCGACGGUGUUAAAGAUGUACUCAGUAGCUUAUCUCACAUAUUGAAGAUGGGCAUGACGUCCCUUCAUGCCCACUGUCGUAGAGAACUGUUUCAUUCCUGCUGGGAGAUCCUAUUGGAUGAAGAUUUUCUUUCUGCGUACCGCCACGGUAUCGUUCUGAAAUGUGCUGACAGAGUGGUGUGGAGGGUGUUUCCCCGCAUCUUCACGUACUCCGCUGAUUAUCCUGAAAAGGUUUUAAUUGCAACUAUCAAGGACAUGGGCUUAUGCCUGUGUCCUCGCUGCUUGACACCCAAAAUCUCGUUUAGUUUUCUCGGACUCGCGAGGGACAUGAGAAGUCAUAUAAGCAACCUUCAAGUUUAUGUCAUGGCCAAUGUUGUCAGGGCUUGUGAAUUUAUCUACGCUGGGGGAAACACGGUAGACGGCGCAAAGGUAGAACAUACCCUUGGAGAGGGCUCGUGGAUACCUACUCUGAACCAAUUUGUCGAAAAACUUGGACCUCUAGGCCUUGACCCAUUCUGCAUGCUCAUCGUCGACUUCAUGCACGAGUGCGAACUGGGUACCUGGAAGGCCCUGUUCACACAUCUUAUAAGGCUUCUUUAUGCCCUUCCUCAGGGUAGUGAGCUUGUUGCAGCUUUGGACAGCAGGUUUCGACAGGUCCCAACCUUUGGUCUUGGCGUAAUUCGCAGAUUUUCAAAUAAUACAUCUGAGAUGAAAAGACUGGCAGCUCGUGAUUUUGAAGAUAUCUUACAGUGUGCCAUUCCAGUCUUCGAAGGGUUGUUCCCCGAUGACCAUGAUGCAAUGGUGCAGUCUCUGUUGUAUCAAUUUGCCAAAUGGCAUGCGCUUGCCAAGCUCAGGCUUCACUCUGAGUCUACGGUCAAUUUUCUCAAAGAAACAUUUAAGAAGCUGUUGCAGAAGUUAUGGAAGUUUCGAGCCUUUACCUGUGCUGCUUUCAACGCCAUCGAAUUACCUAAGGAGAAAGCGGCUCGCCAACGCAAAGCUGCUCAACGCUUGGAAGCAAAUGGUUCUCUUCCACAAUCCAGUGGGCCAAGGACAAAGAAGUUCAAUUUAGGUACAUAUAAGUUUCAUGCGAUGGGGGACUAUGUGAGAACCAUCAAGCUCUUUGGGACCACAGAUUCCUUCACUACUCAGAUUGGAGAGCUCGCUCACAGAGCGUUAAAGGCAUUUUAUCCGCUCACUAACAAGUUAGACACUCCAGCACAGUUAGCUAAGCACGAGCAUAGGCGCCGUGUACUACGGCGUGUGGGAGAGGUUGGUGAUUCACCCUCUUCUAGCAGUCAACAACCAGCCCAUGCUCCCUCAUUGGCGUCCUAUGACAACUUGAAGCAUCACCAUAUUGCAACUACUCAGAACAACCCGGUCAACCUAUUUUUGUUUCUCCAAUCACACGAUGGUGAUCCAGCCCUUCAGAAUUUUAUACCAAAAUUAAGGGACCAUAUCCUAUAUAGGCUGCGGGAGCUGGAGAUUGGUUAUUGCGAUCACAUUUUCACGGACGAGGAAUGGAACUCGAUCAUCAUCCCAAACAACACAAUCUACUUGGUUCAAACAAUGCAAGUACACUACACGACUUAUGACUUACGGCGUGAGCACAACACCAUUAAUCCUAGGACCCAUGGGGACGUUAUGGUGCUUUCCAGGGAGACAAGGCCUAGUCACCCCUACUGGUAUGCUUGUGUAUUGGGCAUAUACCACAUGGUUGUAUGGAUCAACAAUGGGGGCCAACCAGUGAAGCGACACCUCGAAGUUCUAUGGGUUAGAUGGCUGGCAGGCUUGCGAAGCUAUAAGUCUGGGAUGAAACAUGCUCAUCUUCCAAAGAUAGCAUUUGUGGAGGAGUCGGAUCGGGAUGCUUUCAGGUUCCUCGAUCCAGGACAGGUAAUCCGAGGGGCACAUUUAAUUCCUGUGUUCGCCUCAGGACGUGGUGUAAGCUCGCUUCAUCACGGAGAGUCGUUGGCACGCCCUGGGGGGGAGCUGGAUGAUUGGGAGGAGUAUUACAUUGGGAUAUUCGUGGAUCGAGAUAUGUACAUGCGCUAUACUCACUUUGGCGUUGGGCAUUCUGCCAUGCUGCGGAAGAUCAUUAAAGAUUGCCUCGGCUCUCAUUUGGUGCACAGCAGUGUUGUAAACGGUGGUAACCAGGGGGAUGCUGAUGGUGAAGAGACCUGCGAAGGUGAGGGUCAUGACAAAUGCAACGAUGGACAAGAGGGCAGCGAUGACUCUGACGAGGACGAGGAAGAAUAUGACUUGGAUGAUGAGCUUAGUGAUGGGGAGCUGGUCGAGGGAGUCGGGGAGGACAACAGUGAAGAGUAUGGAGAUGAACUUGACGACAAGCUUUAUGGUAUCUCCUUCUAG